AUGAGUAAUAUGAUGUUUUUGUUUUUGUACUCGUGGCAGCUGCCCCCGCGGUUUUCAUUCGCCUCCCUGCAGCUGGAUGAGAGGGUUUCUCCGGUAGCCAUUGUCAAGGGUGAGCCUCCGACGCCCCCAGAAAUAGUUUUCCUCAAGAUUCCGGGUCAUGUCACUGAUGCGACAGCUCUGGUCUCUGAUUGGUCUCUUCAAAACAAGUUUACAGACCUCCACUUGCCGUUGAGUUCACAAUUUCAGCAGUAG